CUGGGAAAAGUGCCAUUCUGACAGCUCUUAUAGUGGGUCUCGGUGGAAAAGCAACCACAACAAAUAGAGGAACAUCUUUGAAAGGUUUUGUGAAAUACGGAGAGACUUCUACAGACAUUAAAGUGAAAUUAAAAAACCGAGGAAAUGACCCAUAUAAAGGAGACGUUUAUGGAGACAGCAUCUGCAUUGAGCAUCGGAUCACAAGUGAUGGAUGCAGGACUUGUAAGAUCAAGAAUAAAGCAGGGCAUGUGGUUUCCACUAAGAAGGAAGAGUUGACUGCAAUACUGGACCAUUUUGGCAUCCAGGUUGACAAUCCCGUGUCUGUUCUUAAUCAAGAAAUGAGUAAACAAUUCCUGCAUUCGAAAAGUGAAGCGGACAAAUACAGGUUUUUCAUGAAAGCUACUCUUCUGGAGCAAAUGAAAAGAGACUACAUUCACAUCAAGCAGACUAAAGCCGUGACACGAGACCAGGUGGAAAGACAAGAGGAGUGUCUCAGAGAUCUCAGGCAGUUAUUCUUGCAGAGGAAAGAAAGAUAUGAGCGCAUGUCGUCUCUGGAUGAUAUGAGACAGACUCUGGAGGACCUGAAAAAGAAGAUGGCGUGGUCUUUGGUGAGAGAGAAAGAGAGUCAAGUCGAACAGCUGAAGGAACAAAUCGAAAAAGAAGAUGCUGAUUGUAAGAAUGAAGAAAAGCUGCAGCUCUGUCAGAACAAAGUUGCUGUUGCUGAGAAGAAAUUGCAGGACAACCAGAAACAUCUUUGUACGCUUCGAGAGGAGCAGCAACAGCUCACAGAGGAGAGCCGGAAAAUGAAGGAGGAAAUUAAAGUCAAAACAAAAGCACAGAAAAGCCAGGAGGUGGUUUACUUCCGCGCUGAGAAUAAAUUGAAACAGUUAAAAAAGGAGCAAUGUCUUCUUCAGGAGAGAAUUCACAAAAUAAGUCAUGGCAGCAGCAGAAAUCGCCAGGAGGCCGAGCACAUGCAGCAUCUAAAAAAAAUAUCUGCCUUGAAAAACCAGCUGGAAAAGCUGGAGACAGAGUCCAGAGCUCUGAAUCAAGAGAUUAAGGACAGACAACAAGCUCUGCAUAAAGGAAGAGAGGAAUACGAUAAGCUCAGCAUGGAAGAAAAGAACAUCAAAGCCUCUCUGGAGUGCAAAUCGAAGAGAAAAAAGCAGCUGAUGGCCAGCAGAUCUAACAGACUGAGACGGUUUGGUGAUCACAUGCCAGAAUUGUUGGAGUCCAUCAACAAAGCCUUCGCUCAGGGGCGAUUCAAGAAGAAACCCGUAGGACCGAUAGGCGCAUGCAUAAGUCUAAAGGAUCCCACUUUAACCUUGGCUGUAGAGUGUUGCUUAGGAUUUUUUUUGAAAAGCUUUUGCUGUGACAAUUACAAGGAUGAAAAAGUCCUUCAGGGAUUAAUGUCGCCAUAUUUCUACAGAGGCAACAGGCCUCAGAUAAUGGUGUGUCCAUUCACUGACCAUGUUUAUAAUCUUCAAGGCCGUGGAGUUCAUCAUCCUGAGUUUCCAUCAGUGCUGGACUGCCUCAAUAUCGAGAACCCAGUCGUAGCAAACUGUCUGAUUGACAUGAGGAGCAUUGAGAGCAUUCUGGUCAUCAGAGAAAAAGCUCGUGCCAGGAAGGUCAUGCAGGGCUCGAGACCGCCAAAGAAUUGCCGCGAGGCCUUCACUGCAGAUGGUGAUCAGGUUUUCACUAAUCGCUAUUACACCCCUGAGCAUGAAGUUCUGGUCAAAUAUCUUGGUGGAGACCCAGAAGCAGAAAUAAGUCUAGUGAACGGAGAGCUGGAGAACAUUCAGGCUCAGCUUUUACGCUUCCAGCUUCACUCCUGCUCUGUGAAGGAGGACAUUCAGCUCAUGGAGGAGAAGUUGCGUAGUGUUAUCAUGGCCUGCAAGAAGAAUCAGGAGAGUAUAAAUAAGGUUAAAGCUUCGAUAACAGAACUUGAGAACAUUGAAGAGGCGCAGGAUGAGGACAUCAGCUCUUUGGAGGAAGAGGCACAAGAGAACGAGCAGAAGAUCGAAUUGGAGAAGAGAUUCGUGAAAGAGGCUGAAGAUGAACUCAGAAAACAUGAGAAAGGGCUCUUGGUUGUUAAUCAGAAAUUCAAAGAUGUGAAAAGUAAAAUGGAGAAACUGUCAGAUGAGACAGAACAGCUGAAGGAGGAGCAAGUGAAGGCAGAAACUGUUUGCAACAAACUUGAUCAAACCAUGAAGACCUUGGAGAAGAAACUCAAGGAUCAUCAGAACAACAUUCAGUCCAUGAAGGAAGAUUUGUCCCUCCAAGAGGAAGACUUGCAGGAUUGUGAAGCCAAAGCCCGAGAGCUGUGUCCUGAGCGCCAGCAGGUUGAUCAGAGUCCCAGAAGCAUCGAUGUGGAGAUCACACGCCUGCGACAGAAAAUCAGAACGCAAGAGAACAGUCACGGUGACAAGGAACAAAUUAUCCGGGAGUACGCAGAGGCUCACAGUAAUUACAAAAGCAAAUCCAGCCAGCUGAGGGACCUCAGGAAGUUUAUCGACCGGCUCGACAACAUCAUGAUUGACCGCCAGGACCGAUACAAAACACUGCGAAAGUCGCUUUCUGUAAGGUGUAAGCUGUACUUCAACAACUUCAUGAUCCAGCUGCACUGCUGUGGCUCUAUGAUGUUUGACCACUACAAUGAAACGCUGUCCAUUUCUGUGAAGCCGCCCGGUCAGGAGAUGAACAGCGUCAGUGACAUGCGCUCUCUGUCGGGUGGCGAACGCUCCUUCUCCACCGUCUGCUUUAUUCUGGCACUCUGGGAAAUCACGGAGUCUCCUUUCCGCUGCCUGGACGAGUUUGAUGUUUAUAUGGACAUGCACAAUCGCAGCAUUUCAAUGAACAUGCUUGUGGCACUUUCAGAGCGUCAACAUCUGCGGCAGUUCAUCUUCAUCACCCCUCAGUCUAUCAG